UUCCCCCUCCCCUCAUCCCCACAACCUUGUGCACGUGACCAGAAACUGGGCCUAGCCUCUCCGCCUCUGCCUCCCGCGCAGCUCUUCGGGGGUUACGCGAACCUCCUCCUCCCCCCCCCCGUGCCACCGCUCGUCCCCAACGGGGGAUCAGCGGCGGGGACCCCGGAUUGAAGGGGACCCUCCCCCCCCCGCGCGCGUGGUGAGGAGGAGGUGGAGUGAGGGGGGGCGCCCAAGCCCAGGAGUUUAUGGGGACCAGGCUCCGCGUUCGUUUCCUUCCCUCAGGGCAGAGUGGGGCGCUGACGGGGACCGAGGGGGCAGUUCGGCGACAACCAGGGCCGUCGUCACACCACGGUGUCCAAAAUCCCAACCAGUUUCACCAGUUUCACCAGGACCACAAGGACCACAAGACAUACCGCAUCCCAUCUGCCAGGGGAACCUCCAGUAACCGACAUCUUCCCAGUGGCGAGCGAGCGAGGCAAGACCCUGACGCUCAUCGCCUUGUCCCGCCAGCGCAGCACAAGCACCAACACGGGGACAGCCUGCAGAAACUAGUGGAGAACAGUGACCGGUACAAGGAAGGUCUGCGUGAGCUAGUGCAUUACAAGGACGGGCAUAAGGAGAGUCUACAGAAACCAGAAUACAUCAAGGACGGGCAUAAAGAAAGUGCUUACAGGCUAGCGGAUGACAAGGACCGACACAAGGAAAGUGUGUAUAAGCCAGCGUAUAGCAAGGACAGGCAUAAGGAGAGUGUGUACAUGGCAAUACAAAAGAAGGAGAGUAUCCCGAAACCAGUGUACGAUAAGAACCAGAAUAAGGAAAUGCUGUACAAGCCAGUAUAUCAUAAGGAGCGGUACAAGAAGAAUUUGGACAGAUCGGUAUAUCAUAAGGACCGGUAUAAGGAAAGUGUAGACAAGCCAGUACAUCAUAAAGACCAGUAUAAGGAAAUUCUGGAUAAGCCGGUACAUCAUAAAGACCUGAAUAAAGAAAGUCUGUGCAAGCCAGUACACCAUCAGAACCAGUACAAGGAGAGAGCCCCUCAGCGAGUGCAUAACAGGGACCGGUCUACAGACAGUCCGGUUGAUAAAACUCAGAGGGCAGCCAAGGAAAGGGGUGACAGCCCGAGUCACACGACCGUGCAGAGGCAAGAAAGGCCGAGUUGGCAAAAACCGAGUUUGGAGAAGUGGGACCCGUUCCGACCGAGACGGACGAGGCAGGUGCAUCCCGACGGCAGCCACAGCCACACCUGGAGUGUGGUCACACCGGGGUCUGGAGCGAAUGGGCCUCAUCGAGGGGUCAAGGGGACCCGGGGGACGGAGGGGGUCCGCGGGGCAAAGGAGCUGGCGGGGUGCGCCCUGUCGAAACGGUCGCAGGAGGAGUACGCGUGGCUCGCGGAGCGACUGGGCGAGCAGGGAAAGAAAUGCCGGGCAUACUCGGAGCGUUGCUCGCAGGUUAAGCACAGCACUGAGGCCGCCAGGUUUGAGGAGAUGGCUGAACAAGCAACGCGGCUGCAGGUGCUCCUGGAGAUGGCGCAGAGGCAGGGGGCACCGGCCCCCACACACACCCUCACGCGCGAGACUCUGCACGUGCCCAGGGUCAACCCUGACCUGGCUGCUGGUGACCUCCUGGUGACCGUCUUCCGGGGUCACGACCUUUGCCCCCCCUCCACUCCAGGUGUGGCGAAGCAUGGACUGCACGCAUUCGUAAAAAUCGAGGUGCCCCUGCCAUGCCCGAAGGCGUCCCAGAGGGAGAAGACUAGCACGCAGAGCGGCACGUGCCCAGAGUUCAACGAGAGUUUCAAGUUCACUCUUCAGCGUGGGUCUCUUGGGUUCCUCAACGCCGUGCGCCAAGGAGACAUCUCCUUCCUGCUGCUCCACAAGGGCCCACUGGGAAGUGAGUGGGCUCUGGGAGAAGCUGUGCUGGGGCUUCGCACUCUGCUCGGUCGCUGUGAGGUGACGGCGACCUUACCGCUCCGGAGGUCGGGCCGGGAGGGGGAGGGGUCGCGGGGGGCGGCUGGCUCCGUGGACGUGCUGGUGCGCGCCCGUUCACCCCUGGGGGGCGGCUGGGACCUGGAGGAGGUGGAGGAGGAGUGGCUGCAGCUGAACCCCGUGCACACGCAUGUGAUACUGUCGGGCAGGGGCGUGGAAAUUGAUCCCAGCAGCCUGGACGUGGCGAGCGUGGAGGUGCUAGCUCUGGAGCGGAAGCUGCUCGAAAGUCAGCUAGCGGUGUACCUGGAGGUGGGGCGCACGCCCUCGCCAGCGCUGGCGCAACGCUUCAUGCUGCUGGGCCGGCAGGAGGAGUGGCUGAGGAGUCAGCUGGAGGCCGGCGACGACGCGACGGUGCACGACUACGUGGCGUGGCUGAUGGUGCUGGCCCGUCGCUACUGCGAGGAGGUGCGCAGGAGGAGACGUGUGGGGGUCGACGAGGAGGGCGCUCGCCUCGCCGCUGCCAAGCACCGUGCCGUUCUCGCUGAGAUCUCUCUCUACAAGCGGUGAAUGUCGCCGAUCAUGAUGGUAUCGUCGUGACGAUGGGUGGCAUCGCUAUGACGGCGACUGGGAUCGCCGUGGUGACGGGGAGAUCGCCGUGAUGAAGGAGAUCGGCGUGACAACGGGGAGAUCGCCGUGACGACUGGGAUCGCCGUGACGACUGGGAUCGCCGUGACGACGGGGAGAUCGCCGUGACGAAUGGGAUUGCCGUGACGACGGGGAGAUCGCCGUGACGACGGGGAGAUCGCCGUGACGACGGAGAGAUCGCCGUGACGACGGGGUGAAGUGUGUCCCGACUAAUGCUAGUUCCCUCUUUUCCGGCGGCACUGAGGAUGGUGGAGUCUUUUUAGCCGCGGCAGAACAAACUGUAAAUAGUUUAUGGUCCAGUGGAACUGUGUUCAUUUAUAUUUUGUUGAUACUUAGAGCAAACAGUGUCAAUAACGAAUGAAAUAAUGGUUGGAUUUUUUGUACAAAAUGUAAAUAUUUAAGGCACAGUGCUGGUGUAAAUUAUUCAUGUUUAUUUAUUGUUGGGAGCAAGGUCAUUGCACAGGGACACACGCGUCCACGCAUGCAGACGAGAGUCACCUGCGUGUGCACGGACACAAAGACAAAGAUCCCCCGUGUAGCCUUAACAGACCGUUGGGACAAGUGCUGUUAGCGAGCGCCUAUUGAAGGCUGGCACGGCA